AUGGGGAAACGAGUGGCUAUUGUGGGCAGCGGCUGCUCCGGCAUUGCCGCUCUAUGGGCAUUGAAGAACACAAACCGCGAGGUGCAUCUCUACGAGGCGUCAUCUAGGAUAGGCGGGCACACGAAUACGGUAGAAUAUGAGGCUCCCGAUGGCGCCAAGGUGAACGUUGACACAGGCUUCAUUGUGCUCAACUCCGCUACAUACCCCAAUUUCAUAGCCUUUCUGAAAGAAGUAGGCGUCCCAACGGUGACCACUGGAAUGACCUUUGGCGUCUCUCGUGAUGAAGGCAAGUUCGAAUGGGCAGGCACCUCGUUGUCGGCAGUCUUCGCGCAGAGAAAGAACUUGUUCAGCUUCCGCAUGUGGCGACUGAUAUUCGACAUCGUCCGCUUCAACCAAUUCGCCAUUGACCUCCUCCAGGAAGAAGAUGAGAGUGAAAAUGAUCCGACCAUGAUCAAGGCCAAGGAUUCGAGUCGACCACGCCAGGAGAGCAUCGGCGAAUACUUAGAUCGCAAUGCAUACUCCCAGACCUUCCGAGACGACUACCUGAUACCAAUGACGGCUGCCGUCUGGAGCACGAGUCCAGACAAGUGCUCGUUACAAUUCCCUGCCAUAACACUCAUCCGAUUCAUGUGGAAUCAUCAUUUACUGAGCACGAUUUCGAAACGGCCAGACUGGAUGACGAUACCUGGAGGCUCCUCUCAGUACCUCGAAAAAGUGCUAAAGGACGUCCCAGAUAAGCAGAUUCACCUGUCGAGCAAGGUGACAGCCGUGACACCACUGAAGAAUGGUUCGGUGACGCUCACGUGUAACAACCACCACGUCACUUAUGACCAUGUAAUCUUGGCCUGCCACGGAGAUCAGGCUCUUGAGAUCAUGCGGCCCUGUGCGACUGAAGAGGAGGUCAAGAUCCUCUCCGGCUUCCAAACGAGUCGGAAUGUUGCCGUUCUGCAUUCCGAUCUGUCGCUAAUGCCCCGGAGGCGGACGGCAUGGUCUGCGUGGAAUUACAUCACCGAGUCGCCAUUCCCACCAACAGGCGACGGCAACGUUUCGAAAGUCUGCCUGACGUACUGGAUGAACGACUUGCAGCAUAUCCCCGAAGACAAAUAUGGCCAGGUGUUGGUGACUCUGAAUCCACUCAAGAUGCCUGAUCCGAGGUUGUCAAAGGGUAUUUGGGAAUACUCCCAUCCACUGUACAAUGCAGCUGCCAUCCGGUCUCAGGAGCUUCUCGGUCGCAUACAGAACACGCGCGGUAUCAGCUACUGCGGCGCCUGGACCAAGUAUGGAUUCCAUGAGGACGGCUUCAGUAGCGGUCUGGCAGCGGCGCAGAAUCACCUAGGAGCGAAGCUGCCAUUCGAAUUCAUUGAUUCGACUUUCUCGAGAGGUCGUCGUCCGACCCUGAGUCUGCGGUCGCGGUUGAUCAGAGGCGUCGUUGCUAUGAUACAGCUUCUCAUCGUCACUGCGUUACACCAGUAUGCUUCGAUACUCGCCCGCCUAGACGCACAUGUGGCCAAGAGACGGAAACUGGCGUAG